AUGUUGUCCCAUGUAAUAACCAAGUUGAACUCAAUGAAAAAGUCAAAACCACAAGAAAAUAUUGUGGAAACAGCUUACUUCAUUCGAUUCAUUAGAAAAUUAGCCGGUGCAUCGGUAAUAACGAUUGAAUACACGCCCGAGAAUACAGUAGCUCCAGCAUUCACUUGGUUUGGCUUUAUAACUUUUGUCGUUUGGUACACUUCGUAUUUCUUUUGUCUGUAUAAAAUUGGCACGGAAGAUCAGACCAUAUUAAGGGUCCUUUAUAAUACGAGACUGCAACGCUACGGUGAUGAUGUGGAGAGAUUUACCGUGAGCGUUUUCAUGUUGUAUGCAAUGUGGAAAGUACCCUUCGACCUCAGCGGCAGCACUGAUGAUGUGCAAUUGAUCCUUGAUAUAGAUAAAGCCUUUUACCAAUUAAAAGAGGCAGUGUAUUAUUCGAAUAGCCUGUUUUUGGCCUUCCUAUUAUUCCUAAUCCAAGUUUCUAUUAGUGGUACCCGAAUAUUUAGUGUGUGGAUGUCCCUUCAUUCAAGUACAAGCAUGCCAGUUGAGAAAGUAUUUCAAAUGGUUUUCUCUGAUGCUGUCAUUUACAUUAUAACAGCACAGUACUGUUCUUACCUUUUAAUUUUGAAACGGAGGUACAAAUUUGUAAACAGAGCACUUAAUUCAAUAAGAUUGCGCACAUCUUCAGAGUUUUUUAAAUUUCGUUUUCAACAAGAAACUGUUUUAAAUGGUAAUUUUAUGGUGCAAGAUAAAUAUUUGUGCAAAAAUAUAAAGGCAUGCGGAAGAAUAUAUGGUAUGUUGUACACAGCCACUGAGACAGCAAACAAAAAGUUCGGGCUGGUGAUGUUAAUGAUGAUGUUUAUGACACUUCUUUUCACAAUAUUAUAUCUUUAUUAUUUUAUGGAGGCAACAGCAUCUGGUUUAUUUCAUGAUCCCGAGAAGUACAUAGAUUUUUUAAUUUAUGUUUUCUGGCAAAUUGGAUAUGCAGUAAGUGUUAUGCUGGUGUGCAUAUAUUUCAGCGAGGCCACUGUGAGAGAGGCUCAAGUAACUCCACAGGUAAUACACCAAAUAAUUAACAGUAACCUGGGCAAUACGGUGGAAACUGAGGGCGCACGCUCCGUAACGACCUUUCUUGUUAUCUUACUACAGUUUGCUACGGAUAUACAUUAA